AUGGACUCGACCAGGCGCUGGGGAGAAUGGUUCCUGAGGCUGCGGGUGUCCCCCGCCGGGCUGUUUGGGGUGGCCUUGCUUGCCCGCGUCGCCCUGGUGUUCUAUGGGGCCUUCCAGGACCGCACCCUCCACGUGCGGUACACGGACGUCGACUACCAGGUGUUCACGGACGCCGCGCGCUUCGUCACGGAGGGGCGCUCCCCGUACCUGCGGGCGACGUACCGCUACACCCCGCUGCUGGCGUGGCUCCUCACUCCCAACAUCUACCUGGGCGAGCUCUCCGGAAAGUUCCUCUUCGUCGGCUGCGACCUCCUCGCCGCGCUGCUCUUGAACCGCCUGCUGCUGCUGCAGGGGCUGGGGCGCCGCCGGGCGUGUGGCUACAGCGCCUUCUGGCUGCUCAACCCCCUGCCCAUGGCGGUGUCCAGCCGAGGCAACGCGGACUCGGUCGUGGCCGCCCUGGUCCUCAUGGCCCUGUACUUGGUGAGGAGGAGGCUGGUGGCGUGGGCCGCGGUGUUCUACGGGCUCGCGGUGCACGUGAAGGUGUACCCGGUGACCUACGUCCUUCCCAUCGUCCUGCACCUGCUCCCGGAGCGCGACGGCGCCGAGGGCCGCCAACGGGCCCGCUGCUCCCUCCGGGUCCGUCUGCCCGAAUUCCCGCGGAGGCUGUGCAGCCGCGCCGUGCUGCUCUUCGUGGCGGUCGCUGGCCUCACGUUCUUCGCCUUGAGCUUGGGCUUCUACUUCAAGUACGGCUGGGAAUUCUGGGAGCACACCUACCUCUACCACCUGACCCGUCGGGACACCCGCCACAACUUCUCUCCCUAUUUUUACAUGCUGUACUUGACGGCAGAGAGCGAGUGGAGUUUUUCCCUGGGCCUGGCUGCGUUCCUGCCACAGCUCGUCCUGCUCUCAGCCGUGUCUUUCGCCUAUCACAAAGACCUUGCCUUUUGUUGUUUUCUUCACACAUCCAUUUUCGUGACUUUCAACAAAGUGUGCACUUCCCAGUAUUUUCUUUGGUACCUCUGCCUGCUGCCCCUCGUGAUGCCACGAGUGAGGAUGCCUUGGAAGAGGGCGGUAGUGCUCCUGGUGUUUUGGUUUAUAGGGCAAGCCCUGUGGCUGGCUCCUGCAUAUGUUCUGGAGUUUCAGGGAAAGAACACCUUUCUGUUGAUUUGGUUAGCUGGUUUGUUCUUCCUUCUUAUCAACUGUUCCAUCCUGAUUCAAAUUAUUUCACAUUACAAGGAGGAACCCCUGACAGAGAGAAUCAAGUAUGACUAAUGUAUGUUCCAGACUCCUGAUACUAUGUGUUACGUUCUGAUUGUCCUGUAUGGACCAGAAGCGGCCUCUGGAACAUUUUUCUGAACGUUUUAAGCACUCUAGUGUAAGUUCCCCUGUUCAACAGAAGUUAAAACCAGUGUUUGCCUUGCAUAUUAAAAGGACACAAUAAUUGAGGUCCACCUUCUAGGAAAUCUUAGGGCUCAUUUAUUUGGGACAUGAUGGGAAGUAAAGAUUACGGUUACUUGUUUGCAAAUGGAAA